AUGAAAUUUUCACAGAGAGGAGCAGAAAAUGCCGUAAGGAUCGCCAGAGGGGUUAGAGAUUUUGCGGUGUCAAAUUUCAGCCUCUUCUGUUAUCUUUUUGGUCUUUUUGGACUGAUGGGACUUCUUAGAGCAAAAGAAUACAAAAUAAUCAAAGUGGCUUCGGGUGUCAUCAAUUCUGAUGGGCAAUAUACUCAAAUGGAUUUAAAGACAGUGUAUAAAGUUCCGGUGAAACCUAAGCCUCAGUCAGAGUCACAAUCAGUGGAGGACCUACGUUGA